CCGUUUCGUACGGCCUCCCAAAAAUCUCAAUCCAUUUCUUCUUCCGUUCUCUCUCCCCAAGGGUGGAGGAGGAGGGAGAGAGCGACCGAGAGAGGAGAAUCCCUCUAAGUGAAAUUUGACGAAGCAAAGGGAAGGAUUUCGUCAGGAGGGGAGGCUGGCUCCGUGGCGUCGUUCCUAGAUGGACUACAUAUCUCCUGAGAGAAAUCUGGAUGGAACUUGUGGAGACCCUGGGUCUUUAUUUGCGGAUCAAGACGGUAGCUUGUUGGAACACCUGGAUUAUCAUGGUGAUGGAAGUACACAACAUGAUUCGCCGCCGCUGAAUGAUGAACUUCUAGUUGAUCAAGCUGAUCAAAUUUCAUAUUUGGCUGCAAAUUCUAUACCUUAUAUGAAUGAUCAGGUCUCGUGCAAUACAAUGAAAUCUGCUUCAACUAGUCCACCAUCUCCCCUGAAGCAAGAUAAAGAGUAUAAGGUGCAUAUGGAAUCUGAUAUGCAAAACAAUGCAGCUGAACAAAAUGUUCAUCGUAAUGACCCUGAAGCACAUACCACUUCUCCAGGUUAUGCUGUACAACAUAAAACAGAUGUGGUUGAUGCUGUGUUGCCUCCAGAGCUUCAUGAAAGCAGUGGUAAUGAUACAUCAGAUUUUCAACAAGAAGCUACACAUUCUGAUGCCUAUCUUGGUGACUCCAUGUUAACUCAAAAUAGCAGCAGGGAUUACCAACUUAACAAUAGUGGUGAUGAUGAUGACGAAAUUCCGAACUCUUCUGCACUUCAGAUGGAGAAUGUGGACAUCAGGAAGUUACACAAGACUUUCCACAAUGAAGUGAAUGGGACAGAGGAUAAUCAAAUGAAUGGUGGGAAUUCUAACUCUCAUGAUGAACGUGACAGUGAGAACCUCAACUCUGUGACCGCACCUUCCUAUUUGGACGGGAUGGAGCAGGAAGAACAUGGCGGCGAAAAUGGCAUAUCUACACCAGGCAAUCAGUGGGAUUCUCCUUGUGAAAGGUCUGCGGAACUGGAAAAAGACACUCCAUCACCAGACAGGAGGGUCUCGCUUUCAGUUGAAAGGUCUCCUCACACUCAUUCAUCUGAGAAACUGGACUCACUAAAUGCUGCAAAAGAGGAUGAAAAAUUAGCUCACUCUCGAAGCCCACCAGCAAGACGUCAGCCUCGAUCUCCUGAAAAGCAUGACACACACCGUAGAAGAGCUUCAUCACGUGAUUUGUCUCCGCAUGCACGAGAGAACUCUCCAGAAAGGAAAGCAAGAAAGGAUUCUCGUCAUGGAGUGGGGUCACCGCGGCGAAGAUCUGCAUCCCCUAGAAGAAGAGGUGGGACACCACGGCGAAGAUCUGCAUCCCCUAGAAGAAGAGAUGGGUCACCACGGCGGAGAUCUACAUCCCCUAAAAGAAGAGAUAGGUCACCUCGGCGAAGAUCUCCAUCCCCUAAAAAAAGAGAUAGGUCACCACGACGAAGAUCUCCAUCCCCUAAAAGGAGAUCCUCGCCCAAGAGGAGGGGUUCACCAAGGAGGAAAGAUUCCCCACCAAGGAAGAGGGAUUCCUCUCCAAGAAGGAGAGACUCAUCACCAAAGCGGAGGGACUCAUCACCAAGGAGGAGGGACUCCCCAACAAGGAAGAGGGACAGGUCAAAAUCAAGGUCACCUUCAAGGAAAACUGAUACCUCUAGACAUAGAAGGGAACAUGUUAGAUCUCGAUCAAGGUCUCCCCACUCCAGGGAUCACCAUAAAAGAUCUCCAAGAAGAAGGCAUUCACCAAGGCACAGGUCACCUCCAGCAAGCCAUCGCCAGCAUUCUCCUAGACGACCUUGGUCACCACCUGCCAACAGGAAGACUGGAUUGGGUAAGCCUGGGCGGAAUCUGUUUGUUGCAGGUUUUAGCUAUGCUACCACAGAGCGAGAUUUGGAGAAGAAAUUCGCUAAGUAUGGACGUGUAACAAGUGUACGUGUUGUCCGAGAUAAAAGAACUGGAGACUCUCGAGGCUUUGGAUUUUUAUGCUUGGAGAAGGAUGAGGAUGCCGAUGCAGCAAUCCAAGCUUGCGAUGAGACUGAGUGGAAUGGUAGGAUCAUUCUUGUGGAGAAGUCAAAGGCACCUUCAUGGUGAAUCUUACAUCCUAGAGCUCUGCACACCAUGCUCUAGGGGGGGACAGCACCACAUCAGUUUGCACAGCUUUUACCGUACCAAAAGAUAUCUAUCGACAAUAUAACAUAAAUUAUCAUUACAUAUGGAAAAGUUUACUUGAACCCAGCUCUUGAUGCUGUAUUAGGAGUAAGUAAUAAUGCACUUCCUGUGGCUACCUUGCUGACUAUUAUAAAGAAUAAGAUGAUAUGUCAAAACUUAGCUUGUUUCAGGGUCCUGCUGCGGAUAAGAGGAAAUUAUCGGUACACUGUAAUAUCUGCAACCUCUACAGAUACAUGAUAUUCAUGAGUUGUUCAUCCUCUUCUUCCCCAUCACGGCAUGGUGAUCGAGUGUUCCAGCAGUUCAUGGUGAUACAUGGUUGAAAUUCAGACUUCUGAGGCCGUGAUAGUCAUUAAGUUAGCCAAUAAUUUACAUCUAGGUUUAUACAUCUGUGUACUUUGUCUUUUGGAUUGUUGGUACUCUGCUGGAUAUGGCCGUCACAGUGAGACAACUCCUGAUCGUUCAUCUCGCAUUUCUGUUAGUCAUGUCUUCCUAAACUCAGAAGUAUCUAUACACAAUUUAUUUGAGCUUUCACGCCA